ACAGAACAUAGGCUAUAUCACAAUGUUCUCCCUUACUAGCGUGAUAAAGAAGCAAUUCUACUUCCCUAAUGUCGCCAGGACAAUUUUCAACGUCACUCCAAGAUUCGUUCCAAGAGCCUUAUACCAACCAAUCAGAGAAUUCAAAGUUAGAUCAGCAGUAAGGAAAUAUUGUAAGGAUUGCUAUUUGGUCAAGAGAAAGGGAAGAGUUUACGUCUACUGCAAGACUCAUGGAAAGCAUAAGCAAAGACAAGGAUAGACUAACAAGUUGUGUAUAAUAGAAACCGAAGUCAUGUAUAUAAUAUCUACCCAAAUACAAUAAUUCUAUAAACUGAGCUAUGCUAAUAAAACUGUAGAAAACUUUUCCGUUGUUCAUUUAGUUAGAAAUCUUGCCAGAUCUUGUUUGUGGUGGUGCACUUCUCGUGCCAGCCUGCGGAGCGUGUUGCUGGUUUUGGUUGUAUGACACAAUUCUGGCAUUUGUAGGCCGUUGCAGCUGCACUUGUGGAUGUAAAGUGUUGUUUGCUCUUGUUCCUGGUGGUGAGGACGAACCUAACGAUGUGAAGAUUGCAUCUUGCCAUAAACGACCAACAGUAGAUAAAACCUCGGAUUCCUUUUCUUGGAAUGAAGGACAAAAUUCCUUGAACGAAUUCAGAUUAGGCUGUUCUUUAUCUGGAUUUUGCUGUGGGCCCUGUCUUGAAUGCUUGCUGACUUUAAGCUCACCUUGGAUGUGUUUGUCUAAUCUAUUUAAACUUUCACCCACGGGAUUCAAGUGUCUUCUGACAUUCAAGUAUUCUCUAUUCAACCUUUCAAAUUCUGUUCUUGAUUGAAUGGAACUGUGACCUUGAACCUGGGUAAGUAUACCAUUGAUGGUACCAAUAUUGGUGAGUCCUUCUCCUACGGCUGCAGCAGCAU